UCACAACCGGAAACUUCUAUUAAUAGCUUUAAUAGUUAUACACUUGUUAAAUCGGGAAGUGUUCCCAAAGUUCAAACAUCACCUGAACCCAUGAAGAAAUUUCUUAAACACUCAUUACAAAUUAAAAAGUUAGAAGUCUUCUAUAAGAAUUAAACAUGGUCUUUGGUCAAUAUCAAGCUCCCAUUUCUCCAUCUUCACACCUUCGAUCCUCCCUCUUGACCCCAUUCAUGUCUCUAUCUAUCUCCCUAUAUAUACAUACAUUCUCAAAUAUCGAUAACUUAUACACACAUCUGAAAAGAUUUCAUAUAACCACAAAGAAAUGGAUAACAAAAGCUUAAAGUUUUCUUCAAUCUUGAUUACUCUUAUCAUGAUCUUUUGUGCAACUUUUGCUACUGCUCAAGAAGUUGAUGAUGAAAGUGAGUUCACUUACGAUGUGAACAGUCCAAACGGGCCGGAUCAUUGGGGAGAGAUCCAUCCCGAGUGGAGCAUGUGUAACCAAGGAGACUUGCAAUCACCCAUUGAUCUUACACAUAAAAGGGUUCAAACAACUUCGAGUCUUGGAAGAAUUGAUAGAGAUUAUAAACCUGCAAAAUCGACUCUUAUUAAUAGAGGCCAUGAUAUGAUGUUGAGAUUUGUUGGAGGAGCAGGACAUAUUCAUAUAAACGGAACUGAGUAUCAACUUAACCAACUUCAUUGGCACACUCCUACAGAACACACCAUCAAUGGCCGAAGAUUCAAUCUAGAGCUACACUUGGUUCAUCAAAGUGCAGACGAAAAAAUUGCAGUGAUUGGAAUCAUGUAUAAGAUCGGGCGUCAUGAUUCUCUUCUAUCAAUGAUGGAACCAUAUUUUAAAGCAUUGAGUUCUACGAAAGAUGUUGAAAAAAGUGUGGGAAUAGUUGACCCAAGAGAAAUAAAGAUUGGAAGCAGAAAAUAUUAUCGAUAUAUUGGCUCACUUACUACACCUCCAUGCUACCAAAAUGUUAUUUGGACCAUUGUUAAGAAGGUGAGAACAGUUUCACGAGCACAAUUACAUGCAAUUCGAGAAGCUGUCCAUGACGAGGCAGAGGCUAAUGCAAGACCCGUCCAAUCAUUGAAUAAUCGUUGGUUGAAGCUUUAUAGACCAGAUGACUUUAAAAAUUAAUUAUUUAUAGGCGAAUUCAUGAUUAAAUAUAUAGCUACAGUGACGACAUAUAUGAUUCUAUUCAUUCGUUGUGAUACCGUAUAUGUAUAAUAAUAAAGUGUUGUUUAAUUAUAUUCCGAAAUUUUGUCGAGA